AAUAUAUACAUCGAUUUACACACGCAAAAGAACACAGAUAUCAACAGAGAAAGUUCUGAUCUUGUUCCACCCCCCCUCUCUCUGUCAAACACACAUAUACACAUAGUUGUGUGUGUGUAUAUAUUUUAUAUAUAUAUAUACGCAAACACAGAGAAGGAAGGCUUCCUUUGUUGCUCACUUUUUCCUUGAUAAUUCCAAUUUCCAUCCGACGAAUCGAGAUUUCGUUUCAAGAAAACUGAUGGUUUUAGGGCUCAUUUCGCUGUUCCCCAGGAUGUUCCGCCGCCGCGCGCCCGCCGGAAAUUCUCAUCGUUCUCGUUCCGAAACAGUGAAUAGAGUGUCCAUUCGCGGCGAAAUCCUGUGAAGAAAUUGUUGGAAACUUGCCGGAAUUUCAAUACCCUCUGAAAUACCCCAAAAAAUUGGGGGUUUUUGAUUUUCAAUUUUAGCCUCAAUUUUGAUUUUUUUUGUCGAUCGAACAUGGGGAAUAAAUUGGGGAGGCGGAGGCAGGUGGUGGAUGAGAAGUACACUAGGCCUCAAGGGUUGUACCAACACAAGGAUGUGGAUCAGAAGAAGCUGAGGAAGCUUAUUCUCGACUCGAAACUCGCUCCUUGUUUCCCCGGCGACGAUGACUGUAGCUGUGACCUUGAGGAGUGUCCCAUAUGCUUCUUGUACUAUCCAAGUCUCAAUCGGUCGAGAUGUUGCAUGAAAGGCAUUUGUACUGAGUGUUUUUUGCAGAUGAAGACUCCCAAUUCUACUCGGCCUACACAAUGUCCUUUCUGCAAAACCUCUAAUUACGCCGUGGAGUAUCGAGGUGGCAAGACAAAGGAAGAGAAAGGCUUGGAGCAACUUGAGGAACAACGUGUUAUAGAAGCGAAAAUAAGGAUGAGGCAACAGGAGCUACAAGACGAAGAGGCAAGGAUGAUUAAACAAAGAGAAAUAAGUUCUUCUAGCAGUAUGAGAGGGCCCACUGAGGCAGACUAUUGCUCGACUAUAGCACCAUCUUUUGCUUCUACUAUUGAAAGUGAAGAAAUUGUUGCCUCACACGAGUCCACGGCUAAUUCAGUUGUUCGACCACCUCUACGCCAAAGGCAAAAUAGGGAAGACGAGUUUGACCUUGAUCUCGAGGACAUAAUGGUUAUGGAAGCCAUAUGGCUGUCUAUUCAGGAAGAUGGCAGGCGGCACGAUCCACCGUACUGUGGUGCAGCUCAACCAGAAGAAUACAUUGCAGAAGAUCGCAACUCCUUAUCACUGGUCAUGGCGGCCCCACAACAAGCCGCUAGCUCAUCGCCCUCAUCUCCUUCCGGUGGGCUUGCAUGCGCAAUAGCAGCCCUCGCCGAACGUCAACAGAUGACCGGAGAGACCUCCAGUAACUACGAUGGGGACCACCACACGUCAACGUAUCCCAAUUUGAACGAGCAACAACAACAACAACAACAACAAUCCGUCGACUAUUAUCCCGACCGUCGGUUGGCUAUGAUGAACAACGGUGAUGAUGAUGGAGAAUGGGUAGACGAUCACAGAUCUGAGUUCGAGUUUGCCCACCAAGUAGUAGGAACUGCUAGCGGCAGCUAUGGCGGCGGUUCCGAUGAAUUUGGUGCGAUACACCACCACCAAGAUGAAAAUCAGUGCAGCAGCCCUUCACCUGUCACCGGAGUGGUGGGCCCCAUUAUACCGGAGAGCUUCGAGGAGCAGAUGAUGCUAGCCAUGGCUGUUUCCUUAGCUGAGGCUCGGGCUAGCUACUAGCUCUUCAGAUGAGGUACCAUUGAAUCUUGACGGUUUGUCAAGACUUUGAAUUCUCCGAUGAGGAACUACGCGUUUGAUCUUAGUAGAGGGCCCUCGAUAGGGUCAUGAAAGAAUCUGUAACAUCUACCGUGUGGGGCGUUUUUUUUCUAAUCAAGAAUCGGUUUGAGAUGUAGAUGCCGGAAAGAGCGGGGUUAUUUAAGGAUGGAAAAUGCUUAUCAGGUAAAAGUACUACAAGAGAAUGUAAUGUACAUACAUAUAUGUAUACAUAUAUAUUGUGACUUGAUUUUCUUGACUCCCUUUGGUAAAUGAGCAAAAAUCUACUUCCUACAUCUGAAUGCCCCAUUUUCUGUUCUUUCUUGCAUCAUAGUGAUUUGAUUGGUUCUGUGUUGAAUAUAGAUUUGUAAGAUAUAUCUGACGUCAGUGCUUUAUUUAUUUAUGUAAUUACUGGGCUCUGUUUCUCUCUU